CUGUCUAUGUUUGAAAUGACGCAGUCCCUGGCCAAACUAUAUAAUAUAUAUUGGCACGCUUUCGCCACGGAUGUAGGUGUUGGUUGGCGUGUAACAUUUUUGGAUCUGACAAAUGACACUGAUAAAGUUACACAUGGAAUAAAAAGACAAAACUAUCUACAACGACUGUUGAUUUCAAUCGAUUCUAGAUAAAUUAAUGGACUAAUUGCAAACUAUCUCCGUAAACGCCAUUAUCCUUUGGCUGCGUUGACGUCUGCCAAUAGACGCUUUUGUUUUGGAUAACUUUUGUUGACGAAAACGUCGCCCUAUUUUCAACAAAUGUUGUGGGUUGUGAAAUAAAAAUUAUCAUUAUUACGUGGAGUUAGAGCUUAGAAUGGUUUUUCAUGAUUUAAUCAAUAUCGAUAAAAACAACGUUGCAUUUCUAUUGACAUUUGGAAAUUGUAGUGUUUUAGGGACGUAGUGUUAAGUUGAUUUCACUGAUAUUUUCAAUUUUUUUCUAAUUUUUUUCAUUCUGAUGUAAUUAAAUUAGGGUCCUGCAACUGUAGAAUCUUAAAAACACAAUGGCAUUAAGAAUUGGUGGGUGGUUUGGUUUAAUUUCCGUGAUAGUGAUUGGGUUGUUUGGAUUCGGAUGGUAUUUAACAAUUCUUUCAUUUUUGGUCUCAUUUCUGGCAGGGAUAUUAACCAUCCUGUACUUAAAUUAUGACGACAAGAAAAUCUUCAAUGUAGACAUAAAUUGCCUGGAUGACCCACUGCAACGAACAAAUUACUCCAUUCAGUCCCCAAAGAUACUAGAACUAUUCAAAUCAAACAAACCUUUGCCAAAAUUUGACCAACGCAUUACUGGCAGUGAUACAGUGGACUCCUUCCUGAAUGAAAUCAUCACAAUAAUCAUAAAUGACUAUGUGACCACUUGGUAUGGCAUAUUGACUGAUGACGAAGAGUUCACGAGUCAUUCAAUAAAAAAAUUGGUGAUUUCUACUAGUGUGAAUGUAGCCAAUAGAGUAAAAAGCGUGGACUGGAUCCACCUCCUCUCGACAAAAUUUCCUGAGGAGCUUACAAUGCACCUAAAACUAUUCAAACAGUCGAGAGUGAGGUUGAAGCACAUAGAUCUAGUAGCCGCUAAAGAGGUAAACGGCAACGGCAAACCCAGUCCAAAGAAGGAGGAAAAGAAGACGCAUAGGAGGAAUAAGAGUGACACAGAUUUGUCCUGGCCCCCAGAUACUCAAACAUUUGGGAAGUCCAAGUUUUACGAUAGCUCCGAAGAUAUCAGUGGGAAAUCAUUAACUGACUUGUUCUUCGAUUUGGAAACUUCAAUAGAGAACCGACAGCUCUGCCGCGACGCUUUUUGCAGCGAUCCUAAAAAGGAAUAUGCAUUACUAUGCGAAGUGUCCGAAGCUGUGAUUUACCUGGUGGCCCCUGAGGAAGUGUGGAAAUGCCACGCCUUGAAGGUGUUACUCAUUGAUCUACUGUCCUCGGUGGUUCUGCGACCUGUGGUGGCGCUGCUUAGCGAUCCGGACAACAUCAACAGAGCCAUUAUUAGGACGUGUUGUCGCGAUGCGGUUCUGCCGUCAGAGCAGUUCCUCACGGUGAUACGGUGCUGCGGCGACGCCGAGGAACUAGAUGCCACGCUGGAAAUGGUGCAGAAAGACAUACAGAAACUUCAUUCGAGAGAUAGUGCUGGAGAAUGGGAGCUGCAAGAUCGACAGAAGCUGUCCUCACUGCAAUAUCUUACUAGGAUCAUACAAGCCCGGAAAGCCACAUUAGGUCCUCAAGGAACCAGCAGCGCCACAGAAGUGAAAUUGUCUGAAGAAGUUAUUAGAUCCGAGAAGUUUCUGCGGGCGCAAGAGAACUGGAGGUCCCAAGCUCAGUACACACUAGACAUAGAACUCAAUGAAACAGUGACUCUAUUUCGGAGGAUGUCAACAUUAUCAAACAGAGAUUCGAUACAGUCUUCUAAACUAGUGAUCGACAAGCUUCGGUCAUCCGCCUUAGAAGUUUGUGACACGUACUUAUCUCCGAACCGAGUGAGCGUGUUGGGUCUCCCGGAGAACUGUUAUGCGGAAUUGGUUAGGAAAAUCAAUACGGAAGGAGAGGAGUUUACGAACAACCCUGUUAUAUGCUUCGAUGAGGUGUACAAAUGUGUUUGGGAUGCUCUUCAGGACGAUUAUUCGUGGCAAUUGUAUUGCAUGACGAAUGGAGAACAAGACUCAGCUGCUAACAGUGAAAUCAAAAAAGAUGACAAAGACGCCAAGAAAUAUAGCGGAUUAGAUACUUUACCAGUGCCUGGAGCAAGACAUAACCGAUCCCGGUCCGAUAUUGUGGGGAAUUUGGCGCAAAAAAUGAUCAGCGAAGGUGCAGGACCGUCAAAUUUGACUUCUCCCAACACAAGUAACAUGUCGCUGUCUCACUCAAACAUCAGCCAAAACGCGAAGAAUCUCACAUCUCCAUUGCAAGCGUCAAUCAUCGAAACAGCUCUGAUGCAAGACAAAGGGAAGACAAUUGGAAUCUACGCUAUAGCAGUGACGAGAAUGUCAGAUAAUGAAAAAUGGCACAUUUAUAGGAGAUACAGCGACUUUUAUGACUUACAUUCAUCAAUUAAAGAUAAGUGGCCGGAAUUAGGCCAUCUCCCUUUCCCGGCGAAGAAGACGUUUCAGAACACCUCCCGCGCCGUCCUAGAAACUAGAAAACGGAUGCUUAACAACUAUCUGAUGAACUUAGCGAACCUCGCUAGGGAGGCGCGAUAUAUGGCUCUCUGGUCACCAGAUUAUCUAGGAGGGUUCCUAAGCCAGGAGAUACAGACUGGGAAGACUAGUAAUAUGUUCGAUGCCCUGUUUGUAAAUUCAAUAAAGGCUGGCGUAAGGACCUUGAAGAACAUGCCUGACCAGUUUGCUAACACAGUGGACGGAGUUAUGGAUGGUAUUUCGAAAGUAUUCCAAAGCAAAGGAAGCGACAGUUGCGAGGAUCUCAGAUACGGGAAUUCCUCGGAUAGUCAAGAUGAGGGCGACGAGAGCGCAGCGCUGCGCCUGCUAGAAGAGGUGUUAGGAAUACGCGGGCUGUGGCUGCGGAGGAAACUGCUCGCGCCCUUGCGCACACUUAUUGCAGACCGAGUCAACAAAAAGGUGUUUGAUUUAGUCUCUUCGCUGACUUCGCCCCGGAACGUCGUUCAAUAUCUUAAGACAUUUAAACAAUGGCUCACGAGUCGCAACAACCCGCAGGGCGGUAACCGCGAUGCGGCCACUAAGGCUAGGACCAGAGUUGCCGCCAAAGUCGCCCUGUUAGCUGCUUCAUCAGAUGAGCUGAAACACAUUGUCGGGUCAGACGCGGCCAGACGGGGUCUACUUACAGUCUUCGAUCUGUUCCAAAAUGAAGAGAUCAACAAGAGGCUUAUCUUCGUGUUACUGGAAGCUACUCUGGCGAACUUGUUCCCAGACAACGAAUUCCCAGAACUAUUCAAGAAACUAUACUCUAAUUCGCCGAGAGUGCCUGCGUCUAAGAAAAAUGUUAGUACUUAGAUUACAUUAUUAAAAGUUAAAGUGAAGGGACCAGCCGGUCCGAUCUGUUCAAAAUGCCGUGUGCCAAGUUAUUGACUGGAAUUGAUAUAUUAUGUUGUUAUUUAAAUCGGCGGUGUGUUAUAUAUAAAAUAUUUUGUACUGGCUGGACCAUAUAUAGAGAGCUGCAAAAUUGCAUGGACGAUUCGUACCGUGGCAGACAAAAGAAUAUUCUUGUAUACAGUGUGUCUGAAUAUGUUUAUAAAAAUAUAAAUAUGUUAAUAGACAUUGUAUAGAAUUAUUUUGCCUGCCACGGCACGUGCCUGGUACGCUCGAUGUCUGUAAGUAUAAUUCGACCUUUAAAUAGAGGGUUACGGCUGAAGAAAUACAUCGUAACACACCUUUAUUUUCAUAAAAAUAAGGAUGUGUAUAAAUGAAAAUAAAAUAAAAUGAAAUAAAUGUUUAUUCAAAAAACAAACCUUAAAACUAAAUCACAAUUUCCGCCAAACCAGAGUAUGGUUUGUUGUUUGGUGUGUUCCGAUAUAUUUCGCCACUUUGGCCGUCACUAUCUAUUUUAUGCAUAUUGUAUUGUAUAGUAGGAGCACGAUAAAAAAACAUACUACAGCGAAACAUGUUAAUUUCUAAGCGUCAAGUACACACUACCACGAUUAUAGCAUCUUAAAGUAAAUCGUGAAAUCACUAUACUUAAGGAAAUAAAAAGUCAACUUAAUUAUAUUCGUUAACAGCGCAUGCUCUUCGUUGAACAGAACUUAAGAAAAAAUAGGAAAAAGCUAAACAUUGAAAAAAAAUGUUCCCAUUUUUAUAAUCAAAUGUAUUGUGAAUCUACCGCAUGUUUUUUACACUUAUGAAAUCAUAUUUAAUUUACUCAAAAAGUCCAUUCUCUAUGUAUAGUAUAGACUAUACAAUAUAAAUGUUUACAUAUUUAACUAAAGGAACACAUUGCAUCGUGAUUAAAGUAUUAUUCAUAUUUAAUGAUAAAUUUAACAAUUAGAGUAUUGGAAAUUAUAAUGUGAUAAAUUAGGAAAAUUUACAUAUUACCUGAAUACUUGUACAAAAAAGCUUUUUACUAUUGUUGUAAUAUUUACAUAUUGUAGCAAUGUUUUGAGAUUACUUCGCAAUUUAUAUAUGAUUGUAUAUAAUUAAGGUUGUCUCGGUUGAAGUAACAAACUUUUGCUUACAUUAGUAUGGUGAAAAACUAUGAGAACACUUGAAUAGUCCGAGAGCGCGCAUGCUUUUUGUUACGACCAUUCAAUUAUAUUAUUAAUCUACCAUUGAGCAAUUCAUGCACGCUUAUUUAAAAACAUACUGACGGUGACAGUUAACGGGAUGCAGAAUGAAAGUUUGCUGAAGAAUGAUUAAGAUAACGCAAUAAAUAUUGACGCAAAGCAUUUUUGAAAGAAAUAUAAUCUAUUUCGGAAUCUGGAAUAAACUGCUGCGAGUGCUUGAUUUUAAAAUACUAGUUCGCAUCUUGGAAAACAUUGUCUACACGCACUUCCUUUACCACCGAUAACUGAACUAAUAGACGUACAAAGUAAAAAUAAAGUGCCGUAAUGUGCCACAUCCUUAUUCAUUUUGUUGGUCUUUGUUAGAGGUAAUUUGAUAGCACACUAACUGUUGUUGCUUAGAACGACUAUGUUGGGUUAUCUGUGUUUUUAUAAGCAUUAAAUUUUAAGCUAUUAUUACUCUGGAGGGGUGCCAUGUGACGGUUAAAAUUUUACUUUUAUUUUAGGUUUUGUUUCUUUUACUCAUGUAUAUUAUAAAAGAGGUUAUACAGGUUUUAUGGCUGCGGGUCUGAUAAAAUACUUUUAGUUCAAUAUAAAGCAAUAAAAUAAUCAGCACAUAUCACAUAAGGUUAGGUAAUUUCCGUGUUGUCCUCGUUACUAUAAUGUUAAUAGUAUUAUAUUUUUAUAGCUGGAUACAUUCCACUUGUUUAACUUAUUUGAAUUUUAUAAAAUAGCCGAAUGUUAGUGUAAUAUAGUUACGAGCCUAUUUAUUGAUUUAAAAUAAAAUACUUCAACUUGAGGGA